AUGAUCAACGCAAUACUCGUGUUCAACAACAACGGUCAACCCCGGUUGACCAAGUUCUACUCUCAGUUGGACACCGCAACGCAGCAAUCACUACUCUCCCAGAUCUUCACACUUGUAUCAGCGCGGCCCGCGUCGGCAUGCAACUUCCUCCCUCUGCCUCCACUGCUCGCACCCAGCGCAAACAGCUCGUCACCCGAUGCGCCCACCCAAAUCACGUACCGUCACUACGCGACGCUGUACUUCAUCCUCAUAUCGACCUCGACCGAGUCGCCGCUGGCUCUACUGGAUUUCAUCCAGGUUUUUGUCGAGGCGCUGGACCGUCUAUUCGAAAAUGUGUGUGAAUUGGAUUUGAUUUUUGGAUUCGAAACACUUCACGCUGUUCUGAGCGAGAUGGUCGUGGGAGGCGUGGUGGUGGAAACGAACUUGGACAAGAUCGUCGAGGGGGUCAAAAUCAGUGAAGGGGGCAGAACGAAGCGGAAAGCUGUCAAUGCUCGCGACUCCCACAGUGGUAUAGGAAGAGGAGCUGCCGGGUUUGCGGGGUUAGGCUGGACUACGGGGACGGGGAGUAGUUGGAGAUGA